AUGGCAGCAUCACCCUCUCUUCCGCUUCGGCGACUUCUUAAGCAGCCUGCAACAUGGGCUCCCCCCAAUACGACAGGCUUGCGAACCUCGGCCCGUCGCCAGCAGGUUUGGCUCCGAUGCUAUCACCAAGGCGUUAAUGCAGCGGCGAGUCCCCUAGUGCCUGGUCUACUUGACGCAGCAAAACCCCGUUCCGAUGAAGAUACCUUGCGCGCCUACGUGCCCGAGAACGACGAGGCCGAAAAAGUGAAUGAUUUCAUCAACAGUCACCCAAUUGCGGUAGAGAUGCGCCAGAACCCCGAUAUGACCGAAUCUCGCCCCCACAUGAAACUCCCCGAUGCGCUGCGGCGGCAUAAUCUCACUGGCGGUACGCUUCUUGGACCUGGCCGGAUUACAGUGCCCCCUGUAUGCUGGACUGAAGAGGGAGGCAAGUCUCUCGUGUCAAUCACCCAUCUUGGUACAGAUAUUUGCGGUCACCCUGGCAUUGUGCACGGUGGAUUGCUUGCUACAAUGCUUGACGAGGGACUGGCGCGAUGCUGCUUCGGUGCUCUUCCACACAAGGUGGGCGUUACCGCUAAGCUUGAGAUCAACUAUAGAAAGCCAGUGCAUGCAGGCACGUAUGUCGUUUUGCGGGCGCGCACGACGAGAGUAGAGGGGCGUAAGGCAUGGGUAGAGGGCCAGCUGGAAACGCUGCCAGUGGACGGAGAAGAGCCUCUUGUCCUGGCGCAAGCCUCUGCACUUUUUGUCUCUCCCAGAUUUGCAUCGGCGAGCAACAUUACAUGGCACCCAUCACUCUCGCGCUCUGAGCGUAACCAGCUGCGCGGCCAGCGUGGUUUCACCCUCUGGCUGACAGGACUGUCCGCCUCUGGCAAGUCUACCGUAGCCACCGCUCUGGAGCAGCACCUCUUGCACCUAGGAGUUGCCGCCUACCGUUUGGACGGCGACAACGUUCGCUUUGGCCUCAACAAAGAUCUCGGUUUCUCUGAGAAAGACCGCAAUGAGAACAUCCGUCGCAUUGCUGAGGUUGCCAAGCUGUUUGCCGAUUCUUCGACUGUUGCCAUUACCUCCUUCAUCUCGCCCUAUCGUGCAGACCGCCAAGUAGCUCGCGAGCUGCACAGCCAGACUGGCCAGAGCACCAACGAGGCCAUUCCAUUCAUCGAGGUAUUUGUCGACGUGCCUCUCGAAGUUGCCGAGCAGCGUGACCCCAAGGGUCUGUACAAAAAGGCUAGGGCGGGAGAGAUCAAGGAUUUCACCGGCAUUUCGGCCCCCUACGAGGCACCCGAGAAGCCCGAAAUCGUCAUUAGGACCGACAAGUCGAGCGUUGAGGAAUGUGUGGCACAGAUUGCCGAGUGGCUGAUCAAGGAGGGUCUCAUUACUACGAGUAAAACAGCCUGA